CUGGACACCGCCCCCUGGAUGCUAAAUAACCAAUCAUCCGCUGGUAUACUCAGCUUCAUGGAUCAAUCGACCAAUCAACGCGCUGCUCACACAAAAGUCACCUCUUCAACUUCCUAGCGGGAAGCAGCUACCGGGGAACUGUCCACAGACAGCAGGAAUCACUGGUAGAUGCAGCAGCUAAUCAAAGGAAGAUGAGACUAUCCCGAGCUGAAUAUAAAGAGAUAGUGAGGUGGACUGAACAACUGAGACCCACACGACAAUGUAUGAAGAUGCUCAAGGAAAGAUUUCCAAAUCACUCGCAGUCCACUCUUCUGAGCAUCUUCUCCCUGGAGUACCAGAAACGAACCAAAAGAACGAUCUCAAGACACCAUGCACCAGAUGUUAUUGAAAGCCACUACCAAAGGUAUCUAAGUGAAGUCAAGGCACAUCCCACUGCUCCCGUCCUGCUGGAGUUGGCCAAUGAGGUGGAUCUGUCUCCUGCACUGAUGGCUCGUAUCAUCCUGGACAGGUUUCUUCAGGACCUGGAGGGUGGAAUGCCCUCUAAAACAGUCGUCAACAGCAUGCUUAAGGAGCCAUCGCUGAUUCCAGACCAGAUUUUGGCCAAUAACAUCUACCAAUGCACAAUAAAUGACUGCUGUUAUGGACCGCUGGUAGACUGCAUCAAACACGCUAUUGGCCAAGAGCAUGAGGUGCUACUCUGUGACAAACUGAAGGAGAGGAACCUGUCCUUUCUGGAUGAAAACCAACUGAGAGCAAUGGGCUAUGACAAAACACCUGAUAUCAUCCUGGAGGUUCCAAUUGCUGUGGAGGGACACAUUGUACACUGGAUUGAGAGCAAAGCCUCAUUCGGAGACGACCACAGUCAUCGCACCUAUCUCAAUGAGCAGUUCUGGAGCUACUGGAACAGCCUCCCAGCCCCCAGCCUGCUCGCCUGCCACCACGGGGAGCUUCCUGUCUCCAAGCAAAACUUACAGACAUGGAGACUCAUCAAAGGCCAGAGGGACUCUCUGGACAGAUCUGCAAAUUAGCACUGUGGCCAGUGUUUGGCUUUGGAGACUAAUAAGCCUCAUCUGAAAACAGUGAAAGCCUCAGAGACAUUUUUCUUCUGUUAUUUUUAUUUCCCAUAUUAGAUAUAAUGAAGGUCAUCUUAAUUCUGAGCAGUGUGUGCAUUUAAAAUGUAUUUACAGUCAUCCGGACUCAUAAUUGCCUACUCAUGAUUUCAGUACAGUGCUUGCAGAGCAGACACCAUUUGCAGCCGCUCCCAUAAUAGAAUUUAAUAAUAUCAGCAUCAAGUGUUAAUGAAUACCCACUCAGUGUGUCAUAACUGAAGAGAUCAAGCCAUUUUCAUGAUAUAGAGGGUCAUUACAGAGGACGGGGAGUCGAUAUCUGAGAAAAGAUCAGGUGAGCUCUGACCAUUUAAAUGUUAACCCCUUACACAGCCAGAGAAUAACACAGAGACGGAGCAUUUUUAUCGUUACAUUCAUAUUAUCAAGUCUGAAUUUUGUAAUUGAAUUUGUAAGAGAGGACUGAUGCUCAGAAAGGUUUUGUCUGAGGUACAAGUUGUUCCAUAACUUUAACAUAGAUUGUUGUGGUGUCAUCACAGAGCUGUCGUCGGAAUGUUGUUGGAUUGUAUGCAAUGUCUUCGGUGUUGUUUGGACCGACUUCUGAACACUAAACAGACAAAACCGAAACCAGACCACACUUUGUUUGUUUUCAGUCCACAUCCAAAGCAGACCAGAGCGUGUCAAAGUGCGUUGGACCAUGACGCUGUAGAUCUGAGAGGGGACCAGCACACAUUACACACACAGCGCACACUUGUCCCUCAGAUAUGUGUUGCUAAUGUGGUAGGUGACAUGCUCAGUUAAGGUCCCUAACGAGUUCCAAACACUGAUUGAGACUUUUCCCUUUGGCCGGAGGGCGUUUGGGAAGCAAGAUAUUGUACAAACGGAUCCUAACCGGGACCGAACGGUGCUGUGAAGCAGGACUGUCUUACUAUUGUGCCAACAAAAAAUAAAAAUAAAGUUAAAGCUUGUUUGCUCAUUGACAUAAUCAUGCGUUAGACAUGUUAUCAAUCAGCAUUGAUAUAGGGUCUGUCAGAUUGUGAGUGUGUGUAAGGUGAUAAGAUUUAGGUUAAUGUGAGUAGGUGGUUGAGGUGAGAGGUCAGAAAGUGAUAAUUCGUUAGUGGGAGAUAAAGACUGCAGAAUCUGUGGGGGGAAGGUGUUAGGAUAAGAAAAAAAUAAUGAAAAUAAAUAACUAAUUGGUAGAUUCUGUUAUUAAGGCAAAAGUCAAAUAACGUUAUGUGCAAAGCUUGGUGUUACUGGUAUUUUUAAAUUGUCCUUACACUUUGUUUUAACCAACUUACAGUAGAUCAUCAGUAGAUUUUGCUAUGAGUACCAUGAAGUUAACAUUCAUCACAGUUGUGUAUGGUAACUACGUUUUGUUCAUCCCUCUUCAGUGUGCAUAGUGUGUGCCCAUAGUGUGCUACAGUUGUUUUAAUGCAGUAAGCUGACAUAUCUUAAACACACCUGUAAUGAAAAUGAUGUCUAUAGAGCUGGGCAGCAUAUUGGUAUAACACUGCACUGUAUCAUGUUUGGAGGCUAGACAUCAGUAUUGACUAUAAAUUACUAAAGGUCUUUUUUGUCUCAGGGCUGCAUUAUAAUAAAGAGCAAUUUAUUUGGCAAUUGUACGUAAGUGAUGUUGACAAAAUACUAAUUUUGUUACCAAAUCCACACAGGAUAUUUUUAUUUCUCAAACUAGUGUUUUCCGAAAGCUGUAAUAGUCCCCU